AUGGAGUCGCGACCUCAACCAGGUCCUCAGCCCCCCACCUUCGAUUAUGCGCGCCAUGGCACUCCCCGGGAGUAUCAAGAGCGCGCGAGAGGCAACCGUCGAGGUGGCCAUUACUUCGGGCCUCAUCAACACCGAGCACAGCAGAACCCACAGCAGUGGUCUCAACCUGCCAGUCCAGCACAGUUCAAUCCCAAUGUGCGAGCCCCCCAACGCCAUGGUCGGCUCUACAACCCGAAUGCUGGCAUGCAUUACGGGACCGUCCAGCAGCAACGAGCCAUGCGCCAUCUUAUCAUGAAGCAAUCUGACUACCUGACUGGCAUCGGCCGACAGGUCUAUGGAGAGUUUCGGUUCACCCAGGAGGAAAGAGACGUCAAGGAGAAUUUUCGACUCGCCUUGGAGCAGGUGGCCAGGAAUGCGAUUGGGGCCAAGUACCCCGACCUGCAGCUCGACCAAGUCAAACUGAAGUGCUACGGUAGUCUUGCCAACGGUUUUGCACUGAAAGACUGCGACAUGGAUCUCCUCCUCUCCUUGCCUGAUUACAAGGGAACUGAGUUCAAGGAGCCAGAACCGACUGUCCCACUUGAUGGUGAUCAGACCACUGCAUCGAACCAUGGAGAGGAACAGAAUGGUUUCAAGGCUGAUGUUCAGCGCAUCUUGGAGAAAGCCUUUCUCGACCACGAGUACGGCGCCCGGCUCCUCGCUCACACUCGUGUCCCGAUCCUUCGCAUUUGCCAGAGUCCGACACCAGAAUUGCUCGAGAACCUGCGCAAAGAACGUGCCGAGUGGGAGAAGACUAUUGACCAUACUGGUGUAACCCAAGACGACGUUCCCGAAACCGAAGUCACCCCUGCAGAACUCGACGCGGUCGAGCAAGCUGUGACAGCAAUCUCCUUGGACACAAAGACAGCACCCGCGAAACGUGGCAAUCGUGGCAAUCGUCACAAUCGUGGCAAUGCAGGUCUAGAGUUCACCGACGACUGUGGGAUCCAGUGUGAUAUCAACUUCUCCAACUUCGUUGCCCUCCACAACUCGACCCUGCUUCGAGUUUACCACAGCUUCGAUCCUCGUGUCAAGGAAAUUGGGAUUUUUGUCAAGAUCUGGGCCAAGCUCCGGGAUAUCAACACGCCAUACCGUGGCACAUUGUCUAGCUACGGCUGGAUACUGAUGGUGCUGCACUAUCUGAUGAACAUCGCCAGUCCCCCGGUCAUUCCCAAUCUACAGCAUCUAGCGAAGAUCGAAGACUCCUGGAACCCAGGCAGACAAAUCGAGUUGUUUGAGGGGUUUGACGUUCGUUUCGUCCAAGAUCAUCAGGGUCUCCAGGAUAUCCAGCGAGAAAUGGCGGCCAAUAAAAACCGUGAGUCGGCCGGGCAGUUGCUGCGAGGUUUCUUUCAGUAUUACGGAACUCAACAAGGAUUCCAUUGGACUCGGGAUGUCAUCUCGAUUAGAACCAAAGGCGGGAUUGUCACCAAGCAAGCCAAAGGCUGGACCGAGGCCAGAUGGCAACAAAGUCAGAACAAAUCAGUCCGCAAUCGAUACCUGCUCGCCAUUGAGGAUCCUUUUGAGGUUGACCACAACAUCGCCCGCACUAUCGGUCACCACGGUGUUGUCGCAAUCCGCGAUGAGUUCCGUCGCGCGUGCCGGAUCAUCGACAUGAUUGGGACGGAUGAGGAGCUUCCAGCUGAAAACUUCCUCAGUCCUGUCACAGACCGCGUCGACACCCUGAGAAAGGACUUGGACUAUCUCAAACAACGACAAAUGCAAAUGAGGCAAGAAGUGGAGGCCAAAGAAACGGCGAUGCUCGAACAGCGGACCACUGAGAACGCCGAGCUGCCGGCAACUGAUGGUACGUGGGGAAAAUCCAAGCAGGGAAAAGCUCACACCGAUUCCCCUUCCAAGAGCGGAGGUGAAUUCUCCGAGUCCAAGCUGACCUCGACGCCACCGGUGCAGGAGCAGAAGCAGCUGAAGACGUUCAGAACUUGGCGACGGAGGAAAGUCUCAGCUGACACAGACGACGACGAUGAUGACCCGAUCAGCCAGACAAGCGAGACAAACCCAGGAAGCGCUGAUAAUCUCAGUUCAGAAGCCCAAGACGAACCGAAAAUGCGAAAUCAGGGACUCACGUCCAGAGCAGAAGUCCUUCUCGCCAACGGGUUGGACCUCGACGGAAAUCCUAUUCCUUGGGAUAUAGAGACGCAAGAUGGUCGCUGGCUCCAUUGGAGAGACCGGAAGGUGAAGAAUGGCACCAUAGGCCCGUUCUUCAAAGCGUCUUAUCGCGAGUUGAACGAGCAAUGUCCUUACGAUAGCAGGCGACCCAGCCCCGACUUUAGCAGACGAUGCUGGAACAAAGAUCGGCAAACGGCUUAUGAAAGACCUCCAUGGCCAGCAAACAAUGUCAACAAAGACAACAGCAUGAGACCUGACUCCAGCCAACCCCAUCCAGGCGAAAGCAAGAUAGCUGUGUCAUGUACGGAUGGCGCCUGCUCUCAAGCCAAGAUGCCGCAUCUGUCUAAAAUAGAGGCAGCGCCCACAGCUGUGGCACGACGCGGUUCCAGCGAUGAUGAGAGAAGCAAUACUAUGGCAGCGCGUGAACAAGAGAAGCUUCCGCAGCCUCAAAUUGAUGCAGGUACGGUUGGCACAAUGAUUCCCUGGGAUAACAGUACCAGAGGUGGGCGCUGGCUUCUUUCCCGGGAUAGGCGCAUCCGUGAAGGGACUUUCAAGUCGCGGGAUCAGAAAGGCUACUACAGAAAACUUGAUGCAGAGUUUCCUUACAAACCAGAGAUGACAUGGGCCGAGCUAGAUGUGCUCAAUGAACUCCUGCGGCGCUAUUACAAACAAAGUCUUCGUGCCACUAGGCUACCUCCCAGCUCGUCAAAGCCGCAAGCAGAACCAUGGUCAGAGCGAGCUCCAUUCUCCCAAAUGGUGCAGAACGUGGAAGUCACAGAAACCCACCAGUCGCUAAGCCAAGCCGCGACGGCCGUAAAGGAUUGUGUUCCAGCGCAACACGGUUCUUCUUUGGCUUGCGCAGUCUCUACUCCAACAGGACGAUCAUCACAGGCUGUUCCUAUGUCCGAGAGCCAUGCGUCUCAAGAUACUGUAUCCGACAGAGAUCCCACUACGCCGCCAGACAAUGAGCGUGUCCCUGAUAUGGACUUCCUCCGUAUGCAGCGUUUGGCGUUCUUUACAAAGCACAUGACCCCAUUCAGCAGUGCAGCCGACACCAACGAGCUUUUCUUCUCGCAAGCGCAAGCGACCGGUUCGGUAGCACCAACACACGAAAUGUUUCAGACACCAAGCGCGCCUCAGCUUCCCAUCGAAAUACCACGGCCUCAUGAAAUGACACCACCUGAGCCAGUCUCUCGCAAGGCCGACGACGCUGGAGCUGGUGAAGAUGUGGAUCAGCCUUCUCACCCGUCCAAAACUGAUUUCUCUGAACUUUCGGUGGCAUUCAGUGACAGUCCGAUCAUAGAGGAUUCGGCCCUUCGUGUUCCUAAGACUCUCUACCCUGACGUCGCCGACGAAUUACGUCCGAGAGAUGAGAACCCUGACAUCAUGCCAAUACCCCGAAAGAUCGGCUUUCAGUUUGAUCCGCGGCAACUGCAGGAUCUCCGGGUUAUCUUGAAGGGCGGGAACGGUUGUGCGAGAGACGGUGCUCAGUUUAUCCUCGAAGAGCAGGAGUACGAAUGGGGCGGAGGGGGCAUGAUGGGAUACAAGACAAGUACUGGUCCACAGAUUGCCACCGCCACUGGUGGUCAUACUCCGUACGAGGCUGGCAAGGGGGAUGAAGAGGGUUUGCUCGAUGAGCUUCCGAGACUUUGGGACGAAAAUUCGGCUACAAACUGCUGA